GCGACGCGGAUGAGCUGCAGAAGCAGAAAAUCUUCCUCAUUCCCAGAGCCAACGCAGAGCAGUGGUCACAGCAGUGGAUGCUAACCGUUAGAAAUUAUAUAAGUUAUUUAACUACCUCACACGGUGCAUGGGGUGUGUCUGUCGCCGCUGGGGAACACACUAGGAGCGGCGGUUGCUGUGCUGAGACCACUGGCCAGCUCUCAUCUACAGUGACCCAUACAUCCAGAAGCAGGUAACCAGACAGAAUGGCUGAGCCGGAGCUUCUGCUGGACUCCAAUAUUAGACUUUGGGUGGUGUUGCCCAUUGUCUUCAUCACUUUUCUGGUUGGGGUUAUACGGCAUUAUGUAUCUAUUCUCCUUCAAAGUGACAAAAAGCUGACGUUAGAACAAGUUUCUGACAGCCAGGUACUUAUUCGGAGCAGAAUUCUCAGAGAAAAUGGAAAAUACAUUCCCAAACAGUCCUUUUUGAUGAGGAAGUUCUAUUUCAAUAACCAAGAAGACGGAUUCUUCAAGAAGACCAAAAGAAAGGUUGUCCCACCCUCUCCAAUGACAGAUCCAAGCAUGCUGACAGAUAUGAUGAAGGGCAACGUAACCAACGUGCUUCCCAUGAUCCUCAUCGGUGGCUGGAUCAACUGGACCUUUUCAGGAUUUGUAACAACUAAGGUUCCCUUCCCUCUCACGCUGCGCUUUAAGCCCAUGCUGCAACAAGGAAUAGAGUUGCUCUCAUUGGAUGCAUCUUGGGUGAGCUCAGCAUCAUGGUAUUUCCUGAACGUGUUUGGACUUCGAAGCAUGUACUCUUUAAUCCUAGGCCAAGAUAACGGCGCAGACCAGUCGAGGAUCAUGCAGGAGCAGAUGAGCGGUGCUGCCAUGGCCAUGCCUGCAGAUACAAAUAAAGCUUUCAAAGCUGAGUGGGAGGCACUGGAACUGACUGACCAUCAGUGGGCGCUCGAGAAUGUAGAGGACGAUCUGAUGAGCCGGGAGUUGGACUUUGAUGGCAUGUUCAGCAAGGAGCUGCCAAGCGGAAUCUUCUGAAGGCCUAAUCACUUCCUUUUUGGAGACUCCAGUUUGAAAUUUGAUUAUUUCAGGGAUUUGUUUUGGGGUUUUGUUUUUUUGUUUUUUUGUUUUUGUUUUUUAUCUGAAACCACACAACUGGGACAAAUCCCUUCAUAUGCAAAGUUUACAUUGUGUAAUUUGUUGUAGUGGUCUUUUCACUUGUAUCUAUCUUCCAUUCCUGUCCUUAAAUGAACUGAAAUGAACACAAAUACACUGGUUCUACUGCUGCCUCAUGCAUAAUAGGGAGCACUGCUUUGUUAUUUCAAAGAAAGAAGGGGCUGUUCUAGAGAAAUUAAGUGAUGUUUUUUCUGUUUUUUUUAAUGUGUUCUUGUUGGCUUGAAACUGAAUGCAAUCAUAAUCCCAUUAAGUAAUAGAAUCUGAACUGCCUAGUGCUUCUUUUUCCUAAUGUCAUGCACAGCUAGAUUAGCUGUCUUCAUUUUGUAUGUGUCAUUUUUAAACAAAAUAGUACAUAAAACAGUUUUACAGGUCAAAAUGAUCUAUAUUUAAUAAUGCUUUAACCAUCCGUUAUUGCUCAUAGUUUAGAUUACAGAUAGAAGCAGGUCCAGAACAGGUUAGGUUUGUUUGUUUGUUUUGUGGCAGGGGAAAUGUUAAGUUUUGUCAUCGAGAUAUUGUUUUUGAAGUAUGUAGAUGGUUUAUUUUGAAAUUAACUCCCUUGUGUUUUGUACAGUAAAAAGUCUGUUUUGAUUCAAAAUAGUUUUGUUUUCCAUGUACACUAAAACUUUACUUUUCAAAUAUGAAGAAAGAGAUGUUUUUGUUUUGUGCUGGGUUUUUCAUUUUUCUUUUUUGUUUCUUUGAAUAAUAGCGAUCAGUGUAAGGGAAGAAAAAGCGCCACAGCUGAAUAUUCAAAUAAUACACAUGGCACAUUCAUCCUCAGUAAAAGAUUUGAAUAGAUACCAUGGACAUUAACAUUACUCUUUUGUUGUCAGUUUUCCACAAUACAGUGUCUGCUUCAUUUACCUGGGUUAGGAUGAUUGGUAGUGAGGCAGUGAGUUGAAUUUUUUAAAAUGGACAAAAUGUCACUUAAAAGUAAGUUGUUUUUUUUUUAAUUAUACUACAAUCUUGUUUUAACAGCCUGUCAGUCAUGUUUACAUUGGUAAGUUAAAGAAAUGCAGGCAAGUGAACAAAUGAAUUGAGGAACAUGAAGGAUGAUCAUGCUUGAACACAGGUGUAAAAUGUAACAUAAGCAUCCAAUUAUGCUCUGUGGAAAACAAAGGGGUCCGAAGUGUGCCAAGAAAAUAUUCCCCACACCACCAACACCAGCCUGAACUGUCGAUACAAGGCAGGAUGGAUGUAGUCAAAAUGGCACAAAAGAGAAGAAAAAGUGACUUGAAAGAGGCUUCAGUGGUGAGCGCUUCAGUCACAAAGACUGCUCAACUGGGCAGUGUUUCAGUAAGAACUGUGACCAAAGUGAAAUCUGGAUUUUGAUCUAUAGAAAAGACAAGCGAUUAGAGCUGUGAAAAGGCUACAUUUCAUGACCAUGUCCCUUAGGGGAAAAAGUGCAGCGUCUAUGAAUGGAGUCAUUUGAUCUCAUCACCAUGAGCCUUCUGCUUGACCAUUUUUGAUUGAAUGGUACAAAGAUUGGGUAUAUAAUGAUGGCUAUGAAAUAUUAACUUCAUAUAUCAAAUACAUUUCAAGAUGUACUUUUCUGACAAAAAAAAAUCAUCCAUUGACCC